UUAAAAUAAUGAAAAGUAAAGGGGUAGAAUUUUAGUUAUAAGAUGGAGUGACGUGUGCAAAAUGUUCCCUUACAAAUGGAGGAAACAUUGAUUCAACAUCAAUGUCACCCAUUUUGACCCAAACAAAGAACCAUUCUUCGUUGCAAAGUCUCAGAUCUCAAAAAAUGGAUUUUCUGCAGACUCAGAGGAUCGAGGUGAUAAGCAUGGCAGUAGCUCUUGUUGCCAUUGUUGGUGGCACCGCUUACUAUUACUAUCUCACCAAGAAACCUAAAGGGUGCUUGGAUCCUGAGAAUUUCAAGGAAUUUAAACUUGUUAAACGCACUCAACUCAGUCAUAAUGUUGCCACUUUCAGAUUUGAUCUUCCCAGUUCUAGCUCCGUAUUGGGACUCCCCAUUGGGCAACAUAUCAGCUGCAGAGGGAAAGACAGUCUUGGUGAAGAAGUAAUCAAACCAUAUACUCCAACCACUUUAGAUACCGAUAUUGGAUACUUUGAAUUGGUUGUAAAGAUGUAUCCACAAGGAAGAAUGUCUCAUCACUUCAAUGAGAUGCGUGAAGGUGAUCACUUAGCCGUGAAAGGACCAAAGGGACGUUUUAAGUACCAACCCAACCAAGUAAAAGCUUUUGGAAUGGUUGCUGGUGGCACCGGGAUCACUCCAAUGUUUCAGGUUACAAGAGCUAUACUAGAAAAUCCACAGGAUAAAACCAACAUAAAUUUGAUAUAUGCCAAUGUCACAUAUGAGGACAUUCUUCUAAAGGAAGAGCUGGAUGAUUUGACAAUUAAGUUCCCAAAUCAAUUUAAAGUUUAUUAUGUUCUAAAUCAGCCACCAGAAAUAUGGGAUGGCGGUGUCGGAUUCGUAUCCAAGGAAAUGAUCCAAACACAUUUCCCUGCACCCGCAUCAAAUAUUAAGGUCAUUUUUGCAUACCAUAUUAAUCGAAUCCUCCACUCUCAACUGGAUUUCCAGCAGUUAAAAUUUUCUGCAGUCACCAAUAUUAAGAUGUGGACCACCUCCCAUGAACAAGGCUAUGGCUGCUCACCUUGAAGCUCUUGGUUACAGUGCUGAGAUGCUGUUUCAGUUUUAGUUUUUGGAUAAAGCUAUAUUCUCACACUUACAUUUCAAGUCCAAUGUCAGUAUUCUGACAUAUUUUGAGAGAAUAGACACUACUUCUAUAUCUCAAUAUCAUAAAAUUUGAUUUUCAUUCGAUUAAUAGAUUAUGUUAAAUGAACUUUGAUUCUUCAAAUGAAAUUUCACCAUCAAAAUCUUUACAAGUA